AGCUUUUGAAUUUGGACCACUUCCAGUCCUGACAUUCAGAAACUCAUCCCUAUGGGUGGCAAAGACAAAGAGGCUGGAUGCAAAGGAGGAAGCAUGGUAAAGGCAGCAUCUUUCCAGGAUUCAUGGGCUCUUUGAGAGAUGAUCAGAGGGAGGCCAGAUGACCUGCACAACACACACACCACAGUUUCUCAUCUGCAAAGGCAGCAUCGGAGCGUUCUCCCCAGCCCCGCGCCACCCGGCUUGCCCGAUCGUUUCCGGAUGUUUCGCAGCUGCGAGUGGGAAGUCCUGGAACGAUCCCUCAACAUCCUCCAGGCCAGUGACUUCUACUGGGGCCCCUUGUCUGUGGGGGAGGCUCACGCCAAGCUCCAGCGAGAGCCUGUAGGCACCUACUUGGUGCGGGACAGCUCGCAGGGGAACUGCUUGUUCAGCCUGAGCGUGCGGAUGCCCACGGGGCCCGUCAGCCUUCGGAUCUCUUUCCAGGAGGGCUAUUUCCGCCUCAAGAACUGGUUUUCAGACUGUGUGGUCCGCCUGCUGGAGCUGGUGGUGGCGGGGACCCGGAACAAUCCCUUGCACUUUGAUGAGAUGGGGGGAACUCCCCUGGUCUUCUCUGAGCCCUUGUGCCGGAGCCGCCGGGCAGUGCCCACGCUGCGGGAAUUGUGCUGCCGGAGCCUCCCUGCUGGUGCCACGACGGAGGACAGAGCAGGGCUGGGGGGCUCCUUGGGAAUGUGUCUGAGGGAAGAGGUGUUCUCACCCCUGGACAGAAGGGGAGGGUCAGAGGGGAGCAUUGGCCCCAGCCCCUCUCUGUCCUGGGCUAGGAGAUGAUGCCAUGCCUAUGGGAGAUGAAAUGAGAUGCCUCUUUUGUGGCUGUGCUGGUGGGAUGUGUGCCGCACCAGUGAUGCUGGACUGGCUGCUGGGAGAGGAAGGGGGAGGGCAGAGGGAGCAGAGCUUGAACCCAGUGGCUGUGACAGAUGUGUCCUCAUACAUACACAGUAAGUGUAACUUUCCCAGACGUGCCUGGGAUAAAGCCAGACCUAAAGAGCAGACAUUGCCACUGCCACCAGAUCCUGCCAUUUGUUCCAUUUAUAACUUAAAAGCUCCAGAAAAAGGUGAGUUGCCUGUCCUCCCAGGUCAGCCCUGUGUUCUUUUCUACCCCAAAGUGCUUGAGCUCAUUUCUGCCUCAAGUCUGCCCUGGAGGAGUGCAGCUGAGUCCAGUCCCACAGCAGUGCAGCUUGGACAUCGAUGGACAUGACCCUUGUGCUGACCCACGAAGCUGUGGUGGA